AUGCCGAACUUUCAUAAACAGAGCUCAUUAAAUUUAAUGAAAUUAAUUUCCGAAACACUUACACUUGCACUUGAUACGGCGUCCGCGACUAUCGACGCGAAUGAUACUUCGAGCCAGAUGGUACAUGCGAUAAGUAUACAAUCCGGCGACUCCAAGGCUGAGCAGAGAUACUGGCUGUGGUGCUUCGGACAACUCGGGACGAAAUGGCGUAGCGAUUGUCAUGCUGACAAGGCCCAUUCCGUUUUAAUUGAGUGGAAACCUGUAAACGAUCGUAUGGCCUACGCCCAUUAUAAGGGUAAGUUCUGCAAUAUUUCUGUCAUCACUAUCUAUUCUCCAACUCUGUCGUCAGAUGACCAUGAUAAAGACAAGUUCUAUGCGGAACUUCAACUGCUUACAGAGCCGAAACAUGACAUGAUCAUAAUCGGAGGAGACUGGAAUGCUCGAGUAGGUCAUAAUGCAGCUGUGAUCAACAAUUGGUAA